GUUAGGAAAGUCUGGAGAAGAGAAUCGAAACAGAAACCGAUCUGUGGGUGGAACACAAUACUUAAAGCUCCCUGAGGGUGAACGUCCCAGCGGUGGCAGAAAGAGAGCGGUCCCGGAUCUGUGCCCACCAGUUGCAGCGCUGUCCUGGCUUGUCUGCCCCCUGCCGACUGCCACCGAUCGAACCGGUGCUUGGAGGCUACUUGGUACCUGCGGCUUUCAGGCAGCUCAGGCGGGGACCCAUUCACUGCCACUUGAGGAUCGUCCGUCCGCCCGCCCGCCCGCCCGCCUGGGAGACUCCUCUCCCAUUCCUCGAGACCUCACGAUGUCGAUUGUCUGUUCUGCAGAGGACAGCUUCAGGAAUCUCAUCUUAUUCUUCAGGCCCAGGCUGAAAAUGUACAUUCAGGUGGAGCCGGUGCUGGACUACCUCGACUUUCUGUCCGCAGAAACCAAAGAGCAGAUUUUUAAAAAGAUCAACACCUGUGGUAACACCAGCGCGGCAGAACUGCUGCUGAGCACCUUGGAGCAGGGACAGUGGCCGCUGGGAUGGACACAGACGUUCGUGGAUGCCCUCGAGCACAGUGGCAAUCCCCUAGCCGCGCGCUAUGUCAAACCCACACUCACUGAUCUGCCCUCUCCUUCCUCUGAGACUGCCCAUGACGAGUGUCUCCACUUGCUGACCCUCCUCCAGCCCACUUUGGUGGACAAACUUCUGAUUAACGAUGUCUUGGACACUUGCUUCGAGAAGGGACUGUUGACAGUCGAGGACAGAAAUCGGAUUUCUGCUGCAGGAAACAGUGGGAAUGAGUCAGGGGUAAGAGAGCUGCUGAGAAGGAUUGUGCAGAAGGAAAACUGGUUUUCUACCUUCCUGGAUGUUCUGCGCCAAACUGGAAAUGAUGCACUAUUCCAAGAGCUGACAGGUGGAGGCUGCCCAGAAGACAACACAGACUUGGCUGACUCGUCUCACAGAGAUGGGCCUGCAGCUAAUGAGUGUCUUCUGCCUGCUGUCCAUGAGUCAAGUCUGGAGACAGAGGCCAGGAACGCAGAGGACGUGUCACCAGAGGCUUCUUGUACAGAUUCGUCUGUGACCACAGAAUCAGACACAAGUUUGGCAGAAGGAAGUGUCAGCUGCUUCGAUGAAAGUCUUGGACAUAACAGCAACAUGGGCAGGGAUUCAGGCACCAUGGGAAGUGAUUCAGAUGAAAGUGUCAUCCAGACAAAAAGAACAUCCCCCGAGCCAGAACUGCAGCUCAGACCUUACCAAAUGGAAGUGGCCCAACCAGCCCUAGAUGGGAAGAAUAUUAUUAUCUGCCUCCCCACGGGGAGUGGGAAAACCAGAGUGGCUGUUUACAUCACCAAAGAUCACUUAGACAAGAAGAAGCAGGCAUCUGAAUCCGGGAAGGUUAUCGUUCUUGUCAAUAAGGUAAUGUUAGCAGAACAACUUUUCCGAAAAGAGUUCAACCCGUAUUUGAAGAAAUGGUAUCGCAUUAUUGGAUUAAGUGGCGAUACCCAGCUGAAAAUAUCAUUUCCAGAAGUUGUCAAAUCUUACGAUGUUAUUAUCAGCACAGCUCAAAUCCUUGAAAACUCCCUCUUAAAUCUGGAGAGUGGAGAAGAUGACGGUGUGCAGCUGUCAGACUUCUCCCUCAUUAUCAUUGAUGAGUGCCAUCACACCAACAAGGAGGCAGUCUAUAACAACAUCAUGAGACGAUAUUUGAAGCAGAAGCUGAGAAACAAUGACCUCAAGAAACAAAACAAACCAGUCGUUCCCCUGCCGCAGAUACUAGGACUGACAGCUUCACCUGGUGUCGGAGCAGCCAAAAAGCAGUCUGAGGCUGAAAAACAUAUUUUAAAUAUAUGUGCCAAUCUUGAUGCCUUUACCAUUAAAACAGUGAAAGAGAAUCUUGGUCAACUCAAACACCAAAUAAAGGAACCAUGCAAGAAAUUUGUGAUUGCUGAUGACACCAGAGAAAAUCCAUUUAAAGAGAAACUUCUAGAAAUUAUGGCAAGCAUUCAGACUUACUGCCAAAAGAGUCCAAUGUCAGAUUUUGGAACCCAACAUUAUGAGCAGUGGGCCAUUCAAAUGGAGAAAAAAGCUGCUAAAGAUGGAAAUCGCAAAGAUCGCGUCUGUGCAGAACAUUUGAGGAAGUACAACGAAGCCCUACAAAUCAACGACACGAUCCGAAUGAUUGAUGCGUAUAGCCACCUGGAGACAUUCUACACUGAUGAGAAAGAAAAGAAGUUUGCAGUCCUCAACGACAGCGAUGUGAGUGAUGACGAGGCCAGCAGUUGCAAUGACCAACUUAAGGGUGAUGUAAAGAAAUCUUUGAAACUGGACGAAACGGAUGAAUUUCUCAUGAAUUUGUUCUUUGAUAACAAGAAAAUGUUGAAAAAACUAGCUGAAAACCCAAAAUACGAGAAUGAAAAACUCAUUAAAUUAAGAAACACGAUACUGGAACAAUUCACAAGGUCUGAGGAGUCCUCCCGAGGAAUUAUUUUCACAAAAACGCGACAGAGCACCUACGCACUUUCCCAGUGGAUCAUGGAAAAUGCAAAGUUUGCAGAAGUUGGAGUCAAAGCGCAUCACCUGAUUGGCGCGGGGCACAGCAGUGAAGUCAAGCCCAUGACUCAGACUGAACAAAAAGAAGUCAUUAGUAAAUUUCGCACUGGGGAAAUAAAUCUGCUUAUCGCUACGACGGUGGCCGAGGAAGGCCUGGAUAUCAAAGAGUGCAACAUUGUUAUCCGUUAUGGCCUUGUCACGAACGAGAUAGCCAUGGUCCAGGCCCGGGGUCGAGCCAGAGCUGAUGAGAGCACGUACGUCCUGGUCACCAGCAGUGGCUCAGGAGUUACCGAACGGGAGAUUGUUAAUGAUUUCCGAGAGAAGAUGAUGUAUAAAGCUAUUAACCGUGUUCAAAAUAUGAAACCAGAGGAGUAUGCACAUAAGAUUUUGGAAUUGCAGGUGCAAAGUAUCCUGGAAAAGAAAAUGAAAGUCAAAAGAAGCAUUGCAAAGCAAUACAACAACAAUCCAUCGUUAAUAACACUUCUCUGCAAAAAUUGUAGCAUGCUGGUCUGCUCGGGAGAAAACAUCCAUGUCAUUGAGAAGAUGCAUCAUGUCAAUAUGACACCAGAAUUCAAGGGACUCUACAUUGUAAGAGAAAACAAGGCACUGCAAAAGAAAUUUGCUGAUUAUCAGACCAAUGGAGAGAUUAUCUGCAAGUGUGGCCAGGCUUGGGGAACAAUGAUGGUGCACAAAGGUUUAGAUUUGCCUUGUCUUAAAAUAAGGAAUUUUGUAGUCAAUUUCAAAAAUAACUCACCGAAGAAACAGUACAAGAAGUGGGUGGAAUUGCCUAUCAGAUUUCCCGAUCUUGACUACUCAGAAUACUGCUUGUACAGUGAUGAAGACUAGCACUUGAUUCAUGAUUAUUUUAAAAUAUUGUCAACUCAACAUUGAAUAUGAUUUUGAUUGAUGUUUUCGCUACACUACUGAACUAACUCUAGAAUAUGUAAACGAUGCUUUUGUUUGACUUUUAGUGACGUAACAGAACACCAAAAAAUGUAUACAUCUUAUUGGUUGGUAAAUGUCAUUGUUAAGCAAAAUUGUCAAUUUGAUGAGUUCUAAAAUCACCUGGGCUCAGGGAAUGCCCAUGAGGUCUUGUCCUAAAUUAAUUAAGGAAGAUCUGUCCUCUGUGGGUGGUCUCAGGCAAUAUAAAAUUAAGAAAACUAGCUGAGUCUCCAUUUGUUCUCCUAACUCUGCACUUCAUUGGGGAGUGCAAUGUGGCAAGCUACUUCAAGCUCCUGUCACGGUGACCACCACACAGUCAUGGAUUAAAACCUCAAACUGCAAGCUACAAUAAAUCAUUUCUUCCAAAAUUGUUAUGGUCAGGGUGUUUCAUCACAGCAACCAAAAAGUAUCUAAAACAUCAGGGAUAAGGAAAAUCUACCAACAAUAUUCGUAACUGCAAAGUGUUAUAGUAUUAUGGAAACACUGAAAUAUAAAUGAGAACCCAAGUACCAA